CCGGUCGUACUGUUCUUGUGCCAGUCUAAGUGAAACAACACAAGCAGGCGAAGCAUUUCACAAAAAUGUUGGCUAGGGUUUUCAGAUCCGAACCAUCAUCCUCUAUUGCUGCUUCUGCUAGAUUGAUCAACACGAGAUUCUUUCAUCAUCGCGUCGCCCACGAAGGAACAGUUUCAAAGCGUUUACCUUUCGAAGGAGAGAGUUUGAGAUUGAGAAGAGUUUCUCACUAUAUCAAAAGCUUAGAUGAUGCGAUUGGAUUGUUCGAUUACAUGGUUCAGUCUCGUCAUUUGUACUCAGCUGUUGAUUUCAAUAAACUUAUGGGUGUCAUCGUCAGAAUGAAUCGUCCCGAUGUUGUGAUUUCUCUUUAUCAGAAGAUGGAAUUGCUCCCAGAUAAUAUUCCAAUUGAUUUCUACAGCUUCAAUAUUCUGAUAAAAUGUUUCUGCAGCUGUCGUGAAUUGUAUUUUGCUUUGUCCACAUUGGGCAAGAUCAAUAAACUUGGUUUCCAGCCUGAUGUUGUUACGUUUAACACUCUGAUCCAUGGGUUAUGUCUCCAAGAUAGGAUCUCUGAAGCCUUGGCUUUGCUUGAUCGAAUGGGAGAAGAAGGUCGUCUUCAUCAACCUAACCGGUUAACUUACGGAGCAAUUGUUAAUGGAAUGUGUCAGAUGGGUGAUACUGACUCUGCCUUGGAUUUGCUUAGGAAGAUGGAAGAAAGCCGGAUCAAACCUCAUACUGCAAUAUACAAUUCCAUCAUUGAUCGUUUUUGCAAAGACGGGCAACACGGCGAUGCUCAGAAUCUCUUCACUGAGAUGCAGGGGAAAGGAGUUUUUCCUAAUGUAAUUACCUACAGUUGUAUGAUACAUGGUUAUUGUAGAUAUGGUAGAUGGAGUGAUGCUGAGCGACUGCUGCGUGAUAUGAUUGAAAGGCAGAUCAGUCCUAAUGUUUUCACUUUCAAUACAUUGAUUUAUUCGUUUGUCAACGAAGGUAAGUUCUCUGAGGCUCAAGAAUUAUACGAGGAGAUGCUCUCUAGGGGUAUAGUUCCUAAUGUGGUUACCUAUAGUUCUAUUAUCAAUGGGCUUUGCAAGCGUGACCGUCUCGAUGAUGCCAAGCACAUGUUUGAUUUGAUGGCAACCAAGGGCUGCUCUCCGGAUGUAGUCACUUUCACUACUCUUAUAGACGGAUGCUGUAGGGCUAAGAGGGUAGAUGGCGGAGUGGAACUUCUCCGUGAGAUGUCUAGAAGAGGAUUAGUUCCUGAUACAUUUACUUAUAACACUCUUAUUCACGGGUUUUGUCAGUUGGGCGACCUUAAUGCUGCUCAAGACCUUCUCAAUGAGAUGAUUUCUCAUGGUUUGCGCCCUAAUAUCGUAACUCAUAGCAUUAUGUUGCACGGUUUUUGUGUUAAUGGGAAGCCUGAAAUGGCGUGGAAAUUAUUUAAGGCCAUGCAAAAGAGUAAUAUGGACCUUGAUAUUCGUACUUAUAACAUCAUCAUCCAUGGAAUGUGCAAGGCUAAUAAUGUGGAUGAAGCAUGGAAUUUAUUCACUAAUCUCCCCCUUAGUGGUUUGGAACCGGGUGUUCAAACUUACAGUAUAUUGAUCAGCGCAUUUGCCAAAGCAGGGAACUUUUCAAGGGCUGAUUAUAUUUACAUGGAGAUGCUCAGAAAAGGUAUAGUCCCCAAUACUGUUACCUAUACCUCAAUGGUUGAUGGACUCUGCAAACAGAAUCGCCUAGAUGAGGCCAAAGAGAUGUUUGAUUCGAUGGCUAACAAUAGGUGCUCCCCCAACGAAGUGACCUUUACUACACUCAUUAAUGGCUAUUGUAAGGCUGAAAAGGUUUACGAUGGGAUGGAGCUAGCCUGCGAAAUGUACCAAAGAGGAAUAGUUGUUGAUUCAAUUACUUACCGCACUUUGAUUGAUGGGUUUUUUCGAGUGGGUGAUUUUAAUGGUGCCCUAGACAUUGUCGAAGAGAUGAUAUCCAGUGGUUUGUGUCCUGAUACCAAUACUUUUUACAGUAUGCUGGUCGGUUUAUGUAGUAAGGAGGCACAAAAGGCAGUGGCAUUAUUUGAGAAUCUGUGGAAGAGUGUGGAUCAUCAAUUAGAGGAUGGAUAAUAAAAAAGAAGAUUAUUCACAUUUUUGUCUUUAGCAGCAGAGCUUCCAUGCCAAUAUUCUAUUUUGGUUUAUUUCCUGCUACACGUGAUGCAUAUGAUGCAGGUUUUGGUAUAUCUGUUUACUAUAAGUUCAAUUUGGAAUGUGAAUCUUCUUUUGACAAUUACUCUUUUCCAUGCUUCUGGAGCCAUUUCGGUACUCUCAGUCUGGAACUUGAGUUGUCAAAGUGGCUGCAUCAUGCAAUCCUAAAGAAGCUUGUACCUUACCUUCUCUAUGAACUCCAGAAAUGCUGCAGAGGAUCUUGAUUAGAAAUCCAAGGAGCUGUUGCAAGAACCAGAACUGAUUUCAGAUAUCAAGAGCAAUCGUUUAAACCUGAAACAAAUGUCUGACGAGGAUAAUGGAUUGAGAUCUAUCAGCAUUCAGCCGUGGUAUUUUCAGAACUGGAGGAGAUAUAGACUUGUUCAUUCGACCCGAGACAUUGCAUAAACCGGAAGUGCCAUCGCCUCAGAGUUUGACAAAACUGCAAGACUCUACUUUAAAGAACCCCCCAGAAAUGAGCUAAACAUUUCAUAUUAAAGUUUUCUACAUAUUUCUGAUUUCGCAUCUUUUUAAAUAUGUUAUUGGCCUUUAUACAUCCUCAUUAUUUGAAGGUCAGCUUUGUAUAACUUUUUAAAUCUUCUCCUUGUUUAUAAAUUUCGUUACCGGGCUAAUAAAUUUGGAAA